CUUGACAAAUGUAUUGUUAUAAGAAAACAUUAGGUUAACAAUAUAUAUAUCCCUUUUCUGACUAUGGGAGUAAUAAUUGAAUAGUAGUCAUAGUAUUUAGUAAAUAAGAAUAAUCAAUAAAAUCUACUUCAUUUUGAUUGGUUAAAAAUCAGCUGACCAAUAAGAUAUAAAUUAUUCAUUUAUUAUAUUUUUCUUUCUUUCUUCUCUCAUUAUACUCUUUAUUGAAUAUAAUAUGUAACUGUUAUUUAUCAUAUUUAUUAUAACUUUUAUAAAAGCAGACCGUUACUUAAAAUAGAGAUCUGGUUUUUUACUGAAAAUAUUUAAAUAUGAAAUUAAUUUUAGCUGCUUUAUUACUUUUCUUUGCAUUAAUAAGUCGAUUAGUUGUUAUUCAUAAUGGAAAAAUUGGACAGAAAGAAGUUGUUAUUUCAAUAUCAAUCAAUGAAUGUUAUCAUCAUGUUACAAAUCCUCAUACUUAUCCUCGUUGGAUACCUUCUGUUUUGUCCAUAGAAAAUUUGACGAAAUCGUCUCAUCUUACUAUUGGUGAAGAAUUUGUUAUGGUGGUUGAUUACGGAUUUUUAGGUACUAUGUCAUAUGUUGCACAAAUAUUAUCAGUUGAGCCAAAUACCAGCUUCAGCUUUAUCCUAGACGACUGGUUAGAGACAAGGUUUGAUUUUGCCUUCACCUCUAUUGACCAAGAAAAAUCCAGGAUGAAAUUAACCAUCAGUUCAAAUAAAAAUAAUAUGUUUUAUAAACAUAUCAUCUUACCAAUUGCUCAUUUAUAUUAUUCCAAUUGGUUGACCCAAUGUUUAUUACGUUUUCAAUUAACAUAUUCUUAA